AUGUCAGUGCUAAGCCAACUGCUGCUCAACUUCAACCAGAAAGCCCAAACCAGGAGCCACCACAACAUAGAGCUGAUAAAUUCGUUCAUAACAUAA